UAUCCAUCCUAAUAAUUCCUACCUCUCCCUCUCUCUCUCUCUGGGAAAAUGGAAGCCAUAGUGAUGUAUCCAUCGCCAGGAAUCGGCCACCUGAUAUCCAUGGUGGAGCUGGGGAAGCUGAUACUGAGCCACUGCCCUUCCUACUCCAUCGUCAUCCUCACCACCACUCCCCCCUUCAACACGGGCUCCACCGCCCCCUACAUCCGCCACGUCUCCGCCACCACCCCGCCCAUCUCCUUCCACCACCUCCCCCCCAUCUCCCCCCCUCUCGACCCCUUCUCCUUCCCCUCCAUCGAAGCCGUCACCUUCGAGCUCCUCCGCCUCAACACCCCCAACGUCCGCCAGGCCCUCCGCUCCAUCUCCCUCUCCGCCUCCGUGGCCGCCUUCAUCAUCGACCUCUUUUCCACUCCCGCCUUCUCCGUCGGCGCCGAACUCAACCUCCCCACCUUCUACUUCUUCACCUCCGGCGCUUCUUGCCUCGCUUGCUACCUUUACUUGCCGACAACUGAUCGGAACACCACGGGAGACUUCAAAGACAUGAAUACGCUUCUUCACUUUCCGAGCUUGCCUCCGAUUCCAUCCUCCGAUAUGCCGCUGCCAAUGAUGGAGAGAAGAUCCGUCGAGUAUAAUGCACUCAUAGAUUUCUUUGUCCAUAUGCCCAAAUCGGAUGGGAUUAUUGUCAACACGUUCGAAUCUCUGGAACCGGACGCCGUGAAAGCGAUCCAAGAUGGACUCUGUGUUCCCGACGCUCCUACGCCGCCGGUGUUCUGCGUGGGCCCGCUCAUUGCGUCCGACGAAGGCCGCGGCGGCGUCAGUGAAAACGUGUGUUUGAGGUGGCUCGACUCACAGCCGAGUGGAAGCGUUGUAUUCCUAUGCUUCGGAAGCUUGGGUUCGUUCUCGGUGGAGCAGUUGGCGGCGAUGGCGGUCGGGUUGGAGCGGAGCGGCCAGAGGUUCUUGUGGGUGGUCCGGAACCCGCCCGACCCAGAUAAAGGAAAGGUCAUUGCGGCCCCGCCCGAGCCGGAUCUGGAUUCGCUUCUUCCCGAUGGGUUCUUGGAGCGAACGAAGGAAAGGGGGCUGGUGGUGAAGUCAUGGGCGCCGCAGGUGGCGGUGUUGCGGCACGACUCGGUGGGCGGGUUCGUGACACACUGCGGGUGGAACUCGGUGUUGGAGGCGGUGUGCGCCGGCGUGCCGAUGGUGGCGUGGCCGCUCUACGCUGAGCAGAGGCUGAACAGGGUGCUGUUGGUGGAGCAAAUGAAGCUGGCCUUGUCGAUGAACGAGUCGGACGGCGGAUUCGUGGCGGCGGCGGAGGUGGAGGAGCGAGUCAGAGAGCUGAUGGAAUCCGAGGCCGGCAAGGCCGCUAGGGAGCGAGCCAAGGCGGCGAAGGAGGGGUCAAUGGCCGCGCUGAGCGACGGCGGGUCGUCGCUGGCGGCGUUGACUAAACUGGUUGAGUCAUGGAAGCGGAGUUGAGUUGAGUUGACUCGCAUCGACUCUGAGUCUGAAUAAUAAUGCCGUCUACCAUUCACGUUCUGGAAUCAA